AUGUCGCUAAUUGCAGAUCCGUGGAAUGACCAGGAUGUUCAUGUCGAAGAACUAGAGGAGAAAAUUUCAAGGGUUAAAAUUAACUCCCACAGAGCUCAUUCGCAAUGGAACGAUACAACUGUCAGUACCGCCCGAACAAUGAAUGGACCGAUCGAAGCUCAACCGACAGUGAGAAUCAUGAAGCGAGACAAUGCUCCUUCCACUGGCGCGAAACAAGUUCAGGCUGAAAAACCCGUCGACAAGACGCUAGAAGAGCGAGAAAGAGCAUACGCAGAAGCGCGACGUCGAAUUCUCGGAGAAGAUGGCGGCUCUUCCAGUCCUUCUCAAAAGCCUCAAAAUCGAGCAAGAGAAAAUCAAGAGCAGAUUCAAGAACACAGCGAUGCUCCUCCGCCAAGAAGAGGAGGCCGCGGUGGUGGAAGAGGAUACCGCGGGCAUCGAGGCAAUCGAAACCAGAAACCGAGAAAUGAUGAGGGAAGAAACGGAGAAGGACAUUACAAUGAGGGACACAACAGAAGACCGGGAGGCGGCAAUCGAGGACGAGGAAACAGAGCUUCUGGCUAUCGUGGUCAGCGACAGGCGCGAGCAAACAACGACAGUCGAACCUGA